GUACUUGCACCCUCACACACACUCUCCCGAGAACCAGAAGUCGGUUGGGUGUUUAUAUAAUGAAGAAUUAUGGGGCUGUUUGAUCGAGGUGUUCAAAUGCUUUUAACCACCGUUGGUGCUUUCGCUGCCUUCAGCCUGAUGACCAUAGCUGUGGGAACCGACUAUUGGCUCUACUCCAGAGGGGUUUGCAAGACCAAAAGUGUCAGUGAGAAUGAAACCAGCAAAAAGAACGAGGAAGUUAUGACCCAUUCCGGAUUAUGGAGAACCUGCUGCCUAGAAGGGAAUUUCAAAGGUCUGUGCAAGCAAAUCGAUCACUUCCCAGAGGAUGCAGAUUAUGAAGCUGACACAGCAGAAUAUUUCCUCCGGGCCGUGAGGGCCUCAAGCAUUUUCCCAAUCCUGAGUGUGAUUCUGCUUUUCAUGGGUGGCCUCUGCAUCGCAGCCAGCGAGUUCUACAAAACUCGACACAACAUCAUCCUGAGUGCCGGCAUCUUCUUCGUGUCUGCAGGUCUCAGUAACAUCAUUGGCAUCAUAGUGUACAUAUCUGCCAAUGCCGGAGACCCCUCCAAGAGCGACUCCAAAAAGAAUAGUUACUCAUACGGCUGGUCCUUCUACUUCGGGGCCCUGUCCUUCAUCAUCGCCGAGAUGGUCGGGGUGCUGGCGGUGCACAUGUUUAUCGACCGGCACAAACAGCUGCGGGCCACGGCCCGCGCCACGGACUACCUCCAGGCCUCUGCCAUCACCCGCAUCCCCAGCUACCGCUACCGCUACCAGCGCCGCAGCCGCUCCAGCUCGCGCUCCACGGAGCCCUCACACUCUAGGGACGCCUCCCCCGUGGGUAUCAAGGGCUUCAACACCCUGCCGUCCACGGAGAUCUCCAUGUACACGCUCAGCAGGGAUCCCCUGAAGGCCGCCACCACGCCCACCGCCACCUACAACUCCGACAGGGAUAACAGCUUCCUCCAGGUUCACAACUGUAUCCAGAAGGAGAACAAGGACUCUCUCCACUCCAACACAGCCAACCGCCGGACCACCCCCGUAUGAAAACCGCGGGGCCUCGCCAGCGCCGGGGCCGAGCCGGGAGGAGGGCGCGGUCCCCGGGGGCGGGGCGGGGCGGGGAGACC